AACAACCUGACUGUGCAGAAACAAGGAUGUCUUGGCCUGCUCUGUACGCUCAGUUGGUCGGGGCAAACCGUCACUCCACCAGCCUGGGUAAAGUCUGGCUCUCGGUGCUGUUUAUUUUUCGGGUCAUGGUGCUGGUCGUGGCUGCUGAGAGCGUCUGGGGCGACGAGCAGUCUGACUUCACCUGUAACACGCUACAGCCUGGCUGUGAAAACGUCUGCUACGAUCAGUUCUUCCCCGUCUCCCACAUCCGUCUGUGGUGUCUUCAGCUUGUCUUUGUCUCCACGCCAACGCUCCUGGUUGCAAUGUAUGUGGCCUAUCGGAACCACGGUGACAAGAAGAGGCUCCUCCAGGGUUCUGGUAGAGCUGGUUUCCUCAGCAGCAAAGGCCAGGAGGAAGAUCUGGAGACUCUCAAGAGAAGGAGACUCCCGAUAGCUGGUGCCCUCUGGUGGACGUACGCCUGCAGCCUGGUGUUCAGAUUGCUGUUUGAAGGAGGCUUCAUGUAUGCCCUCUAUGUGGUAUACGAUGGUUUCCAGAUGCCACGGCUGGUGCAGUGUGACCAGUGGCCGUGUCCUAACCUGGUGGACUGCUUCAUCUCUCGUCCCACCGAGAAAACCAUCUUCACCGUCUUCAUGGCCACUGCCUCCUCCAUCUGCAUGGUCCUUAACAUGGCUGAGCUUGCAUAUCUUGUAACCAAGGCUGUCACUAGGAGUCUCUGUAGUCAGAAGGAGAGGAAAACAUGCGGAAAAUCCAGCCGAGAGAGGACGCAGAAUAAAACAAACCACAAGUCACUUGUCUCAACCUGAGGAAGCAGGAACAAGAUGGACGAUACAUGCAGUUAAAGGACUUAUAAAACGGAAUAUUUACAAGUGGUACACUCAUACCACUCAAAAAGUG